AGUGGUUGAGUCACGUGUUUCCGCUUUCUCGAGUUUUUGUUCUGAAAAUCGACAAAAUGGUUUUCGCUUUCGGUUGUCAUUGCUGCUUGCAUGUCUCGUGUGAUGCGAGGUAAUACACAGCGAGGAAACGUCAAAACGGGUAGACUUUCUGUGUCGUGCCCACCUGCGUUUGCAGCUGCGCGAACGAAGCAAUGACACCGAACGGUGCUCGUAUUCGCGCGCAAUCUAGGAGGGAAGUGUACGACAGGCUCCACAAGAUACGCCUGGAACUUGAAGACUUGCGGCGUCACUGCGGGCGAAGUGACGGCGAAGCUCUCGAGGCCCUCAAGCGGACUUGUAAAGAGCAGGAAGAAGAAAUCGCGCGUUUGAAGAAGACUCACAAGGAAGCCCAAGAACAAAUAGAGUACUUGAAGAUACUGCUAUCUGCAAAGGGAGCAGACCAAACUGACUUGGAUGAGGCUGAAACUUGCGUUGAUCACAAUGCCAAUUCACAGUUGCUUCAAGGACAACUUUUGGACAGAUUGUGGGCUGCUGAGAAGCAUGCUUGGUCCAUGGAAGCAGAAAGAAAUGACCUGAACAUUUUGCUUUCAAAAAAGGUGCUUGAGCUGAACAAGCUGCAGCUCCUCUACUCUGAACAAUCAAAGAAACUGCUGGAGGCAGCACGAGCCCUCUCAACGCCAAGUUCGUCCAGACAGACCUCCAGCUGCGACGUAUCCUACAAAUGAUGUGCGACAACAGCGUGUGCCACUUGUGCAUUUAAAGUGCGGUCCUUUUGUUCAAAUGGACAGCAGGGAAUAAUUCUCAGGCAUGCAUCUGCUUUCUGCAUUGCAGUAACUGUGCCAAAUAAUGGUGUCUCAAGGAUUUUAAUGAAACACACCUUUCUUUUUUG